GAUUGCUCAGCCGGGGCGGUUAUGCUCAGUGUUUUAAAUACACAUAAAAUACGUCGUGAGCAAUUUUUAAAAAUAACCGGAGCCCUUCAGUUUCUCUAAACACAUCUUCGCCAAGGAUGAAAAGCUAAUGAAUGGAAUUAUGCUGCAACCAGUUUCAUAAAAAAUGAGUACAUGUCGCUGGUGUACCCCUGUCACCUUGGGUGUUAAUGAGCUGCUUCAGAAGUAUGGCUCUAGACUACUGACAGCUGACGAUGAACGGGCAGUCAACGAGGACCUCUGCUUCUGCCUGGAAUGCGUGGUGGAGUACCACAGAGCGAAGGCCGAGCUGCCCCUACUCCAUGCGACGCUACAGGAGUUGGAGGUAUCGCGCCUCUCGGCACGCUUCUCCCAAGCAUGUGCCGAAGAGCUGGAAGAUGAUGACCUCUUUAUUGUGGAGGAGGACCAGGAGAUUCACGUCCCAAAGAUCACAGGAGCUGAGUUUGAGAACCUCUUACGGGUUCCGAUAACAGAAAUGCUGAAAUACCCCUACUUGUUGGAACACCAGCAAUUGACUGAGAAGUUUGUGGAAGCACUGUGCAAGAUGGAGAAGCUGAACCCUUUUCAAGUUUUUGAGAAAUUUCCAGGCAUAUACCUCUUGCUAGUAUAUCCCAAUGAGCAGGUGAGACGGUGGGCGAUACGUGCAGCCAAAUCACUGGGAAAAGUGGACCGAGAUGACUUCUAUGAGCUUAAGGAAACCUUCUUACUGAUGUUUCAUGUACUGGACCUUGACCUGUUCCAGAAUUCUGACAUAUACAUUUCAUGCACUUCUGAGAACGAGAAGAAUGUUUUACUUUCACCGCAUCUCUUUGAUGCAAAGAACUACAAAGAUUACUGGCUAGGAAUAUGCAUGCUUCUCACCCAGCUGGAUGGUCAAGCAAUGGACUCCCUGGUGCUGGCCCCCACUAAGCAGACUGAAAUUAUUAAGUGCAUACUUACAACAAUGGAGAAGAAUGUGGAAGAUGAGACUAUGGAUCCGUUUUGGCCAGCUCUGCAGUGCUUCAUGGUGAUUUUGCAUUGCUUGGGCUCCAGAAUCUGGGGCCAGUUAAUUGAACCCACAGCAGCCUUCCAGGCAAUAACAGGGAGCCCCAGCUACACUGCAGAAAUAAACAAGAUCCGUCGGAAAUCUCUGAUGCCCAGAGUCAAAGUUGAAAUGGAGAGUGAUGAUAUGACUUGCAGCCAGAUGAUCUAUGACUGUAACGAAACGAAAAAGGUUACCAGUCCUAGAAAGUCAACAUGUGGAGAAAGUAGCAGCCUUAUUUUUGAAGAAAUGCACUGGCUGGUAAAUGUGCUGCAGCAUGACUUUGGCUUGGACAUGCGUGUGCACGACAGCACCUUCUUGUGGUUCAUCCCCUUUGUGAAGUCUGUGAUGGACCUCGACGAUCUCAGCAUUGUCUACAUUGAGGAAGUCAUCAACUAUCUUUGUGGGGAAAUCAAGGACCCCAUCAAUGGACAAGUUCAGACUUGUGAUAAAGUCACUGAGGUUUUCACCUUCAUCCUUGUUCGUAUUAUCGAGUUUCACUUGAGUAGGAGCCGUAUGAAUGUGCUCUAUUACCCUUCGCCGAAGUGGGUGGAAGUGAUGGUGAAAUGUGCCACCCUACCCAGUACAGCUUUCAGUCUCAUCUCAGACAGUGGGUCAUACAGUUUGUCCUCUACUUCCUUGUCUCGCAGCUCUCCAGUUAAAAUUGCAGUCCCCCAAGCAUGCAUGCACACGAUACGCUGUCUUCUAAGAGAGGGUGGGAAACUGACUUCACACAGCAAAGUCAUGCAUUUUUUGGACCUGCUUAAUAAGCAAAUUCGUGAUGCACCACAAAAGCAAUGGAAGCUUACAGAUGGGGAGGCAAUAGAGCUACAGGGUUGUUUGAAACAGCUUGUUAAGGUGAUGAAGGAGAAACAUUCUGCUCCACCUGCUGUACUUACUGACUGUAUCGAGAACAUGUAUCCUGAAAUGACCCCUGUAGAUAGUAGCGAUAGUCACAGAUUCACUGAAGAUUGUCCGCAAGCUGUAAAAGGUGAACCAGUGUGGGACAAUGAGCGAUAUGGCAGAAUGGAUGCUAGCCCCAAUAAUGAUGUGAAUGUUAAAGCUGUGCAAAAAGAUGGCAUUGUGGUAAAAAAAGAAGCUUUGGUUCCUGAACAUGACCAUGCAGCAACAAGUACAAAAUUUAAAGGACUUCAGUCCUCCAAGCUUUUAGACCCAAACAAGCUACAAGCUAUCAAAUCUAAAUUAGGCCGGUCUUUUCCGAAGCUUAAAGUUAUUGCAACGAAGUUUAACUUGAAAGACUUGGAGGGCAUGUCAUCUGAACAUCAGCCAGGUCUCAACAGGACUGCUGAAGAACAUCCAAAUAUUGCUGGGAAUGAAGAACACCUGGAGAGUUCAGGAUCUGUAAUAUCUGAUUACACUGCGCACAGUGACAAUCUUCCUCUCUCGGUUGUUAAAAGCCAUUUAAAAAAAACAGAAAAGGUAAAACAUUUAAGUACAGUAUCUAUUCAUGAAGCUGACAGGGAUCAUAAUGAAAAGGAUGUGUCUGCAAACGAAGGGGACGUUUAUGGUCUUAAGUCCGGUACAGAGGUCUCCAAACCAUUAAGGAGAAUAAAGCAGAAAGUGAACAAAACACUGGAAAAUGCUCAAAAUGAUGUCAUUGUAAUCUCCGAUUCAGAGCCUACUGAGAACUCCGACAUUUCUCUGCACAGUAAUAAAGGAACUGGAAAUGAAUCUGGAAAGGCAAAUAACUUAAAGGUGAAGACUGAAUCUCAUGAUGCUGAUGCAGAAAGAAGUCCAGGUGAUAUUUAUGGUGGUGAUUUAAAUGAGUGUGACUCACAGUUGUUUGAAUUUGAAAGCCAGGAUCAUGUAUAUUCGGAAUGGAGUCAUUGUCCUGUCUAUACCAGUGAGUCUGCUCAAGAGACCAAGAAAGAGAAAACGGUCAGUAAAAGUCCAGGCGUAAUGGCUUCUUCCAGCACUUGCGAGUAUGAUACGGAUCCUGUUUCAGAUGAGUCUAUAGAAAACACUGUGUCACUGCUAGAAGACCAGUUGAAGAAGCAGAAAAUUUCAUCAAAACCAAAGGGAAGCAUUGGCACAGACACUGUUUUUCGAAGUGCCAAAGAUUUACCUGUUAACUGUACUGGAAAAAGGGUCCCCUUAAUAAAGAAGAGAAUAAUGCAACCUCACAAAAAUGAAAAUGCUUCUGGCUCUUCCUCUGCUGCCACUGGCAUGCCUGCUAUAGUUCCUCCAAAAAAAGUCAGAAAGCCUGUGGAAUCUGUUUCUACCGUAGAGAAGUUGGGACUAAAGAAAAAAGAACGUGUAGCUCCUGAUCUUUCCCAAAGGUCCUCAGAAUGUGUUGGGAAGUUGAGAAAACAUGGACAGGAAGUUAGAGUUGAGCCGGGCCUGCAUACUCGGAGAACCAGAAAGUCAAAGAUGAUGAACCCUCAGAAAAUGAGUGCCAGGUGUCCUAAAAAAUUUCUGGCCUCUCAGGACAUGCAGUUUUUUAGGCAGAGUAGAGCAAAGCGUUCAUCUGUGCCAGGUUCAGGUGCCACUGACCACACCAUUGAGCAGACAAGAGCAGCAUGCAGCAAAGGAGACCAUAUAGUAGAGUCAAACGCUGAUGAGAAGGAUGACGAGCUUCGAGGCACAUCACUCACUGGUUCUGCGGCUGGAAUCAAAGGGGGUGAAAGAAAAGUGGGUCAAAGGCAGGAAGAGAGAACUCUGAAAUUAAGUCCCUCAGAAUUGAAUUUGACUGAAAACAACAAACCAAGUUCUUCAGUCACACAAUACAAUAAUAACUGGAUUCAAAAGCCUGAUUUGUCAAGGUGUUCAUUACAGCAUAAAGAGGGAGUUGAUCACAUGACUGGCAGUACUUUUGAAGAUAAACCCAGUGGUGUCGAUAUUGCUUCUGAUGACGGGGACCUUGAAGAUGUGUGUCUCACACAAAAUCAAGCAUUGGACAUGGAACUGUGCUCACAAAUGGAGGAAGAUGUAUUUUUUACCCAAAGGGAUCCCAUUGAUAUGGACAUUGAGCCUGAAAGCCAAAUGAAUACUGGACCCUCCUUUCACAAUGAUCAGCAAGGAGACAAGUUUGUCUUGGAAGGUACUGCUCAGGUAGAACCUGUUGCGCCUAAAGUACUUGCAGGUCAAACGGAUAACAAUGAUCAUGUAUUCCUGAAGCCUGGCAUGUCACCCUCCUUGCUGAAGAAGGCCAAACCAUCCACCACCAAAAUAUAUGCCCCCAGCUCCAGGAAUGCUACAUUGGCUGAGGAAAUGGAGAAGAUGACCAAACUGCCCGGGGCUGCCAGGCGGCCGUUAUCUGCGCCUAGAACAAAUAUACCUCCGUCUGAAUUCAAACGGCCUCUUCCACCCAAACGUCAUGUCUCAUUUAAACCUCUGUCAACCCCAAGUAGUGCGACUGGCGCUCUGCCACACGCUCCUACAUACAAGACUUACCAAAGGCCUGAGGCGCCUGUGGUCGGAGCCGUGCCGUAUAGUGAAGCGGGCACCAGGCUUGAUCAGGCCAUUUUGACCGGGGACGUGCUAAAGUGGACUUAUGACAUGUUCACCAACUACGACAGUUUUGGAAUUCCAUUCAGUCUACGUCAGCUUAAAGAAGUUUCCCCUAGCUAUAGAUGUUAUGAUGAAUACUUUAGAACUUUUUAUCCCUUGUUGCUUAACAACACAUUCGAAGAGCUUGUCAGUGAAUGGACGAAAAAAGUCAAUUCAGGAACAAGAGUAAGUCAGAAUCUGAAGUUCACAGGAAUUGAUUACAACAAUCGCAUGGCCAGUGCCACUUUUAAAGCUUUCCUUAGUGACCAUGACGUGAAACACCAGCGGUACCCGAAGGAGGACGACUUUGUUAUCUUGUGGCUGCCCCCACACAGGGGAGCAUAUUUAGACGAGGAGCUGGACUUGACCGAAGAGGUCGCUCAUUUUGGCUGUGUAUCCCGAUGCAACCUCUUAACUGGAGGCAAAGUCCCGGACCUGAACCUGACUGUGCAGACGUACGGGAAUGUGGCGUCUGUGAAUAACCAGCCCGUCAGGUGUGAGCUGGUAGGCUCUCUGGUGACUGCCAUCCGCCAGUUUAAAGCUCUCUGCCUGCUGAAGACCAGUAGCAUGAAAAGGCCGCUACUGGCUCCCCAUGUCGAGUACUUCCGCGCUCAGCUGGACAGAAUUCCCAGCCUGAGCUUACCUGGCAGCAACUCUGAGCAAAUAAAGGCAAUUAGCAGUGGUAUUUCUAUUGUGAAAAGGCCUGAAAAAACCCCGAAGAUCUGUCUUAUUCAUGGCCCCCCAGGGACGGGGAAAAGCCAGACCAUCGUCAGACUGCUACAGAAGCUCUUCUCAGAGGGUCUGACGAACGUGAGCCCUGUCGGCUCCAAGGCCCGCAAGCUACGGGUACUGUUGUGUGCGCCGUCCAAUGCUGCCAUCGACAGUCUCAUGAAGAAGGUCAUCGUGGAGUUUAAGGACAGCUGUAGGGACAUUCACAGCCCUCUGGGUAACUGUGGAGACAUAAAUUUAGUACGUGUUGGAAAUGAGAGGAGCAUUUCAAAAAACCUGAUGCUGUUCAGUCUUGAUAGCCAGACGCGAAACAGAAUUCAAAAAGCCCAGCAUUCUGCAGACGUGGACAUUCAGAGGUGCAAAGAGCAGCUUGACCAACGCAUCGACAGUCUCUCCAGAAGGCUUGUCAUGGAGACAAAGAACAGGGCGAUGUUCGAUCAGCUGAUGGAUCAGAAGGGCAAACUACUGAAAGAACGGGAACAACUCAGCCGGAGCCUGAGAGAGGCACGGAUCAGAAAGCAAGAGACCCAGACCAAGGUGCUCCAGGACGCUCACAUUAUCUGCUGCACGCUGAGCACCAGCGGAGGCUCGGUCCUGGAGUCAGCCUUCCGGCGGCUGGGCCACGAGCCGUUCGGCUGCGUCAUCGUGGACGAGGCGGGACAGGCCACCGAACUGGAGACUCUCAUCCCCAUGGUGUACCGCUGUCCCGCUCUCAUCCUAGUGGGGGAUCCGGAGCAGCUGCCCCCUACUGUCGUGUCCCAGACUGCAAAGGAGAAGAAGUACGACCAGUCAAUGAUGGCUCGCCUGUGUAGAUGCCUUCACCACAUCGUGAGGGAGAACCCUCGGAUCAGCAGCCCUGUCAUCUUCCUCAACUGGCAGUAUCGCAUGCACCCGGACAUAUGCGAGUUCCCCUCCAAGUACAUCUACAACAAGGCGCUGAAGACUGACGGUGAAACUGCUCAGAAGAGGUGUGCGGUCAGCUGGCCUUUCCAGCCGUACAGGCUUUUCGACGUGAAGGACGGCUCCGAGAUCAAAGAGAAUGGAUCCUUCUGUAAUGCUAAGGAGGUAAAGCUGGUGCUGAUUCUCAUAAAGCUGUUCAUAGAGAAGCAGGUUGGCAGGUUGGGAGUCAUCACACCAUACAGCGCGCAGAAGAACAGGAUCAAGGAUUCACUGGAGCGUGAGCUGGCCAAGGAGGACAACAGGCACCUGCAAGUGGAAGUGGACACGGUAGAUGGGUUCCAAGGCAGAGAAAUGGAUUGCAUCAUUGUAUCCUGUGUCAGGGCGAGCAGUGAGCACGGCUCCAUUGGAUUUCUUGAUAAUCGACAGAGGUUGAACGUGACUAUAACGCGGGCGAAAUACAGCUUAUUCAUUCUGGGCCAUCUGCGCACACUGAAGGAGCAUAAGGACUGGGGUGCCCUGAUAGAUGACGCCGGGAAGAGAGGCACCAUCAUUCAGACAUGCGAGAAGAACUUCGAGAAGGACGCCAUGCAGAUCUUCAAGCCCGACUCAGGCCUGACAAGGACCCCAAGGUUGCCGUUGCAGUGUCGUGUCGGCCGUGCAGAGGAAGCUGGUCCGCGGGUGCACGUGGAGAACUCCCAAAAGCCCCCCACCCCCAGUGGGGACAGGCCUGCAAGGGUCAGCACCCACCGCAGAUCGGAUCCUCUGCUAACGACAUACCGAGGCCCCUCAUCGCCAACCACGGGGCGCCCCCAGGACCCUCGGCUGGCCCGGCUGAUCGAGCCGAGCCCCGAGGCGCCCCCACCCCAGCCGGAGCGAGGGGAGCUGGCUCCACGGCGCAGGGUGGAGCUGUGGCGCUCCUCCAGCUUCUCUGGGCAGAGCUCGUCCCACCAAGAGCCACCAGGUCACCGGCACCGGUAUCCCAGCCACGGUUACCAAAGCGUGGGGACAUCAGGACGUCUGCCCCGCCCUGGCCAUGGUGCUGCCACCCCCCAGAAUUUAAAGAGGGCCUCUGAGACACAACGGACGUCAGCUUCCUUUGCCAAGAAGGGAAGGCGCUGACAUUUUAUGUGUGUGUGUGUGUGUGUGUGUGUGUGUGUGUGUGUGUGUGUGUGUGUGUGUGCGCGCGCGCAUGUUUUUCCAUAUUCUCAGAAUUUUCGUGCAAAACAAUAUAAUUGCAUUUUGUCAUUAAUGCAGAUCUUGGGUGUUUUUAUUUAGCAUCUUUUUUUUUAUCAUAACCUGAGUACUGACAGUUUGCACUUGCAUUCCUUUGGAUGUGACACCCCAUGCAGACGUUGCGGUCAGAUGGCGAAAAAGGCAGCCGGGGGGUGGGGGGUUGGGGAUGGACAGGCUUGUCCAGUGUUUUCAUAUCUAAACAACUGCGUUGGUGCAUAAACAAACUUAAAAUGACAUGUAAAUAAGCCAUAUGUUUCAAGGAGACUGACCUCUGAGGAAAAUUCUUAAUUUUUCCCAUAUAAUUACAGAAUAAGCCUAAAGAUUGAGAUUUUGUCUUUUUCUAUUUUUGUACUGUAUAGCCUUAAUUCUAUGCAACAUUCUGUACAUGUUCUGCACCCACUUGCCUGGGAGAGUUUCUACCUGGGAUCUUAAAUAUUUUUGCUUGUUAACUCUUUGGCUUGUUUUUCAGAACACUGGAGGGAGGGUUACAAUAAUAAAGUAGCGGCUCUAAAGCAGGUGUGAGCGCUUUGCCUUUUGGAGGUGGGGGUAUCGGGGCAGCGGAGGAGAAUCAGCACAGGGCUUCGGGGCUGCCAGACGCAGGCACAGGGACGCAGGCACAGGGACGCAGCGGUCAGGAGGACAGAGCAGGGUCUGUUCCACCAAGCUGGAUUUCUCUGUUAGCUGGGUUAAGCUAGAAGUCUUGACUGUCCCAUAGGAACGCUCCUUACCUCUUAUUGGACAGUCAUGACUUCUGGUUUAAAUUAACCCACCUAACUGUGAAAUCCUGCUGUCCUGCAUAGUGUCAGGCUGGAAUCCACUUAAAAUACAGUGAUUUGGGGGGGGGACUACCAAAAAUGGGGGUAGGGGGUGCUGCUGCUAUGACUGCUGUCCUUAAGACUGUGUCAAAGCAGUAAAAUCCCUCAGAUUCUCCUUGUUACCUCAUACUGCUGGGGUUUCUCCAUAGAAAUGCAGUGAUGUCUGUCAGACGCGGCCAGCGUCUGCAUCAUUAACUGCGAAGCACACAGCCAAGAUCUCCAGUUUCAUUUCAAGUCUGCAGCACAUUCAGAAUAUCUGCAUAUUAUGUAGCAAAUUUAGAUCCUUUUUUAAAAUCCAUAUCCUUCCAUUUAUACCAACUUAAAGCAGCAUUAUCUCCCUCAGCUUUAAGUACUGCAAGAGUUUUAGAAGACAUGAGUGUAUUGAUGUAUUUUGCCUUUAAUGUACAUAACCUGCAUUUAUGUUCUCCGCUUAUGUACCACAGUUAAACUGGGAGAGAAAUCAGAGAGCUUGUUUUUCUGUGUUUUUGUAACUGGAUGCAACUAAUCAUUUGUGCUUUUUACUAUUUGUUGAAAAAGAGAAUAAAAAAAAAUAUUGACACCUUUUUAUGCUCAAA